AUGGCGAAACCAAGUCGUGGCCGUCGUUCCCCUUCCGUGUCUGGUUCUUCAUCUCGUUCCAGCUCCAGAUCUCGUUCGAGUCCGUCGAGGUCGGUUUCGCGCUCCCGGUCCCGUUCUAGAUCGGUCUCUUCUUCUUCAUCUGCCAGUUCAGGGAGUCGCAGUCCUCCACCUCGUGGAAAAAGUCCUUCUGGACCAGCUAGGCGAGGUCGUUCUCCUCCUCCACAAUCGAAAGGAGCCUCUUCACCUUCUAAGAAAGCUUCACCGAUUCAAGAAUCUCUUGUUCUCCAUAUUGAUUCUCUUAGCAGGAAUGUGAAUGAAGGCCAUCUGAAAGAAAUAUUUGGCAACUUUGGGGAAAUUAUACAUGUUGAAAUCGCUAUGGAUCGAGCUGUUAAUGUUCCCAAAGGAUUUGCUUAUGUUGAGUUCAAGGCAAGAGCUGAUGCUGAGAAAGCGCAGCUGUUUAUGGAUGGUGGCCAAAUUGAUGGAAAUGUUGUCAAAGCUAAGUUCACACUACCAGCGCGUCAGAAAGUAUCUCCACCCCCUAAACCUGUCUCAAGUGCACCGAAAAGAGAUGCUCCAAAAUCUGAUAAUGCCGGUGCUGACAUUGAGAAAGAUGGGCCCAAGCGCCCAAGAGAGACUUCUCCUCCACCGAAAAAAGCACUUUCUCCAAGAAGGCGUUCACCUCUGCCUAGAAGAGGCGCAUCACCUAGGAGAUUGCCUGAUUCUUCCCCUCGCCGGAGGCCAGGCUCUCCUAUCCGCCGUCGUGGUGAUACACCGCCUAGGCGCAGGCCAGCAUCGCCAUCUAGAGGCCGUUCUCCAUCUUCUCCCCCUCCAAGACGAUAUAGAUCUCCUCCAAGGGGCUCCCCUAGAAGAAUCCGUGGCAGUCCUGUUCGAAGACGGUCUCCUCCUCCCGCAAGACGAAGGUCACCACCACCAAGGAGACUACGCAGUCCUCCCAGAAGAUCUCCAAUCCGCAGGCGUAGCCGAUCCCCAAUUCGGAGGCCUGGACGCUCUCGCUCAAGGUCCAUAUCACCCCGCAGGGGACGAGGCCCAGCUGGGAGACGUGGGAGGUCAUCUUCUUACUCUAGCUCUCCAAGUCCCAGAAGGGGUCCUAGGAAGAUAUCAAGGAGCCGCAGUCCAAGGAGGCCACUGAGAGGAAAAAGAAGCAGCAGUAACAGCAGCAGCAGCAGCUCACCGCCACCUCGCAAAGCAUAA